AUGUCCUACAGUGCGCACGCAUCGCUUGGCUCUCGACAGCAUACCUCCGGCCGGCAAGCAGACAACCUCCGGCGCAACAAGUCUUACAGCAGGAAGGUCCUGGUGUCAGACCAAGAUGCAUACAUCUACGCACUCCGGGCUGCGUACCUUGCCUACCUCCUCCAGCCCAGGCAGAAGAGGAUACAACAUGUGGCCAAUACCUCGAAGCCGAUCCAGCGCUCCUCGACUUCUAUCAACGACAUGAUGAAGGAUUUCAGCGUGAUAAGAGACAACAAGAGCGUACGGUUCCCGCAUGGCUUCAUGUCGGAAUUGGAUAAGAGGAUGACGGGGGUGCUUAUUGGCAAGGAGAGGAUGCCGGAGUACAGUGAUGCGCUGAUCAAGCGGACGUUUGCGACAUUCCUGAACGAGUUCAAGAACCCUACGUUUCGCAAGUCGAUGGAGAAAGACAGGAGGGUGGAGGACUUGCUGCUCAUCUUUUUCUCGAAAGCGACAAGCGAGCUGCAGAAAGGCAAGGGGCCAGACGACGACAGUUGGAAGCUCAUGGUGGAUCGGCAUGUGGCGUUGUUCGUCAGGAUUAUUAGCAGUACUUUGAACAACAACGACUGGACCCGGGAUAGGCCAGAGCUUGCGUCAAAAUUGAAGACACUGGAAACCAAACUGCUGCAACAUGAUCAAGAUAUUGCGGAUGCAGCGAGGGCAGGAGGGUCCGGAAGCCAAAGCAUAGAGGUGGAGGUGCCACGAAGCUAUGAAGUCCGAGAUAUGCCUUUGGUCUUGAGAGUCUGCCGCAUCUUUGCGAAACCGACGGCGCAAGCGCAGAACGACAUCAAUGCGCAUAAGAAUGAAUGGACAGAGCAGGCGGCACUUCGAGACAUGAAAGACUAUCAGAACCAUAUGCUACUCAACACACGUGCCACGCUUACAAAGGACGACUUUGAUUCAGACGAUGCGUACGAGACCUGGAGGAAGGCAGAGCUUACCGACCUCAGCCAGAUGAUGCUCGCGAUCCUGCAGACCAACCCAGAGCUGGCGAAAACCAGUACUGGCGGAGCAUCAGGUCUGCCACAGUUCAAGCCCCCAAACGCUGCACAGAACGACAGCUCGUACAGUGACACCAGCAGACAUCUAAGCGGUGAGAUGGAUUCGAGCUAUGUCAUCGACCAGCCUGUUGACAUGAGCGCACUCAAUUUAGGCGAUAGCAGCCCUCGAGAUUCCGUGUCUGGAGCUUCAGAUGUACAAUUCACUUACAUACCUCCAGAUGCUCGGGCGUACUACAGGCAGUUGGUGAAGAGUGCCCUUUCGCAUGACCUGACGGAUGAGGACUUGGCACCUUCUGUGGCAACGGAAGAGUCUCCAGCAAUGAAGUUGCUCUCGAAGCAGACGACCGAAUUGCUGAACGAAGUGGCAUUGCGCUGGCGCAUACCGCAGUUUUCGCGUCUGGUGCUGUUCCUCGAUGUGAUACAAGAGAAAUACCAGCACCAAGAGAUCUCUCUCGACACUGUCGACGCAGCUUUUCUCUACAUGAAGACACCACCAUCACCGCCGAAGAAGACGCCUGGCAAGGCACAACCCACACAAGUCUCUCUGUUCGAUCGAAGCAAGUGGACGGUCGUAGACUUUGCACUGUACCAGACUGUUCUCGGCGCGCUGCAUGAUGCGCUGCUUCGCGAAUUGUUCGAGCUCUUCCAACACUGCUACGAGGCCAAGCCUCCAACCAUCGGAAGCGUCAUGUACGUCCUGGAGAACCACAUCUAUGAUGAUGAGAUGUUCAACAAGACACCAGAGGACUUGGACGCUUUCUCGCAGACUCUCUCGACUGCGCUUCGACAGAAAGCGAAGACUAAGUAUCACGAGUUGCUGUCGAAGAAUGUCUCGGAUGAUGCGAGGCAGUGGGAGUUCUUCCAUGUCGUCAAGCUGGGCCAGGCGGUGACGAGUUUGUUGGAGAAGAUCCAGAAGCGGUAUCGCAAGAGUCCGGAGGUGAUGGGCGUUAAUCCCCUGUCGAUUCUGGUUGAAGAGAUCCUGCCCAGCUUUGCCGACGACGCGCGUGCACUGGUAAGCCGUAUCAUGCAGCUCAGCAAGGAGAAGGAUGAGGAGGUGCCAAUCCAGGAUGGUUUCGAGCUUUACAAGGAACUCGUCGAUAUCAGACGGGUUCAUGCGCAGGCACUGCAAGGACGCGAAUUCGGUUUCCACAUCGAAGGACUGCUGCAAGACUUCGUGUGGAGAUGGAUCUCGACUACCGACUCGAAGAUCGUGGACUGGAUAGAAGGCGCCGUUGCCCAUGAUGAGUUCCAAGUACGCCAGGACCCGAAGGACAAAGAGCAAGGUCUGCCGCCAACAGACGACGAGAGACACUCGCAAUCGGCUGCCGAUGUAUAUCGUAUCUUCAACCAAAGCAUUGAGCAGAUCAUCAACCUGGAGUGGGAUGACGACCUACAAUACGCCAAGUUCAUGACGGCCAUGAGCAAAUCCAUCGCCAGGGGUGUGGCGCGGUACUGUGAGCUUCUGGAGAAGAAGUUCAUCAAGGAGAUGGACAGACAGACGCCAGAGCAGGAGAUGCGAGCACAGCAGACGCAGAAGGAUAAAUGGAUCUCCGCUGCUCGGGAUUUUUAUGCUACCGGCGGCCGUGGAGGCGAGAAGAUCGAGCCUUUCCAGUUUUGGGCUGAAUCUUUCGUCAAGAUCAACAAUAUUGAGUAUGCCACUUUCCAGCUCGACAAGGUGGAGAAGGAGGUCAACGUGGACGCUUGCGCAGAGGUCAUCAAUAAGCGGGAUCCGCCGCCUCCAGUGAACAUCCGACGGCAACAGGGGACCAAGUUUGUCUUCACCAUCAAGAUCAUCGAAGCUGAGGACCUCAAAGCCGGUGAUAUGAACGGUUUGAGCGAUCCGUACGUCGUACUUGGAGACGAGUACCAGAAGCGCCUAGCGAAAACACGAACAGUCUAUCAGAGUCUCAAUCCUAGGUGGGACGAGACGGUUGACAUUCUGACCACCGGACCGCUCAACGUCAUCGCUACCGUCUGGGAUUGGGAUGCAUUGGGAGACCAUGAUUGCUUGGGACGAACGAGCCUCAAGCUCGAUCCGAGCCACUUCCAGGACUUCCUGCCGAGAGAAUACUGGCUCGAUCUUGACACACAGGGCAGAGUGCUGGUCCGUGUGAGCAUGGAAGGCGAGAGAGACGACAUCCAGUUCUACUUUGGCAAAGCUUUCCGCACGCUCAAGCGCACGGAGAGGGACAUGACGCGCAAAGUCACCGACAAACUGUCUGCGUAUAUUCACCAAUGUUUGUCACGACGCACACUCAAAACACUACUCUCGCAGGGCACCAUCGGUGGUGUGACGAUCUCCAGCGUCAAAGGCUACUUUUCGAAAUACUCUGGCCGGCCUGCGUCUGUGCAGCCGACUACUCCUGCACCGCAAGGGGCGACGCAGAUGGAUGUUACGAACUCGCUCAAACCGCUGUUGAACUACUUUGACGACAAUUUUGCGAUUAUGAAACAGACUUUGACUGAUACUGCGAUGAUCUUGGUUAUGACGAGAUUGUGGAAGGAGGUACUGGUGACUGUGGAAGGUCUUUUGGUGCCGCCGUUGAGCGACAAGGUGUCUGCGCAGCGGCCACUGAGUCAGGCUGAGGUCGAUAUCGUCUAUAAAUGGCUGCAGCUCCUCUUCGACUUCUUCCACGCCGUCGACGAAACCGGCGAAGCGCUCGGCGUGCCCCUCGACAUCCUCAAAUCGCCCAAAUACCACGACCUCCAAAACCUCAACUUCUUCUACUUCGAGUCCACCGACAACCUCAUCCGCACUUCCGAGGCCAUGGCGACCGCCACCUCCAACCGCCAGCAAGAACAAGCCGCGCGCCUGCACCGGCUAUCCGCCCCUCCCGGCUUGCAUAGCUUGCACUCGUCUAUGGCCAUGACAGGCACCCGGCGCACGAAGAGCAUCAUGAUGUCCCGGAAUCUAGGUACGAUGCGCAAGGCGAAGGAGGAGAAGCGGAAGGAGGCGCAGGCGGAUCCGAGCGAUGAUAUGAUCUUGCGGAUUCUGCGCAUGCGGCCGGAGGCGGAGCGGUAUUUGAAGGAUCGGAGUCGGCAGAAGGACCGGUUGGCGGCGGCUGCCGCGGCGGAGGCGAUUGUGAGGCAGAGUUUGCAGGCGAGUAAGCAGAUGCAUGGUUCGGGGGGUGGGGGGUUGAAUCGGAAUUUCCAGACUAUUAGGGAGUAG